AAUGAGCUCUGGAGCCUGAGUGCCUCGAUGUCCUAUCUGAUAGUCGGCGUCGCAACGCUGCGAGUAUCCAGCACCUUGGCAGCACCCAAGGAAGAUCUUGGGAAGAUCAUUGAGGAAUCUGCCCGACGCUCACGGGCUUUCGCGGAGUUGAGGCAAGGAUAAAAAGGUCGAGCUUAGCAAUGAUCCCCCCCAUUGUCGCGUGUUCUCGUACACCAGCCAGUCUGGUUUCUUUGCAUUUCAAGUUACUCGAUUCGCAGGUCGCCGGCCGUUUCAUUCAUUUUGACCUCAAUAACGUUCAUUGACUGAUACAACAAACUCCUUUCCAAUAACUCUUCUUCGCCAUGUUGUCCCCCAAGUACAUUGCGCUUGCGCUUGUUGCCACUGUGUGGGCGUUGCCGUUCAAACGUGAGGUGCCUCAGGAGCACUCGCACGCAAUUGUGCUCGAGUCCGUUGCGGCUAUGCUUGAUUUGAACAACCCUCAGGGCAUUCAGGACCCCGUCUUCGCUCUUCUGGGUAAUGCUGCUGCUGCUGCCGGUGCUGGCUCAGUCACGAACCUCGACUGUCUCCAGCAGGACGUUGCCGACCAGGCCUUUACGAACGCAAAGGCCGCGGGCAACACCACUGGCAUGGUGUACUCUUUGAUCUUCCGUGCUAUCGAGCGCAACACCGCUGCCGUUGGUACCGCCUCUGUAAUUUGUAACGAGACUGCCACGAACCCCGAGGUCGCAGCCCUCACGCAGCACCAGGACCCCGCCUCUGAUAACGCGGCUGCCACGAACAAAGCCAUUACGCUCGAGCUGGCGAAGCAGAUCGCGUCCGUUGGUGGCGACCCCACACUUGCCCUGAUGUCUGGCACGUUCGCCCCGGGCACGAUCGGUGAUCCGACCGCCGCUGGCAACACCUGCGACGACGCGAACGACCUGCUCGGAUGCAUCUUCACACAGAACCUCCUGGUGAAUGACGCUACGGCCGACGAGAUCAACGCUGCCGUUGCCGGUAUCAGUGGCUCUGGCUCUGGUUCCAGCGCCGGCUCAGGCUCCAGCUCAGGCAAAGGCUCAGGCUCAGAUUCUGGCUCCGGUUCUGCAACUGCGACGUCCGCUGCGAAUAACGAUGCUGCUGCGACCUGCGCCUCUGUCGUCACCGUGACGGUUACAGCUACAAGUGCUCGCGCCGCGAAGUCCAACGUGGCUAUCGCCUCUGCCGCGGCCACGGCGACCGCUGCUGCGGCUGCAUCCGGCGGCAACCUCCAGACCUUCACCGGUGCGCUCGGCGGCAUCGCGGCGCCCGCCGUGACCGCGGGCGGCCGUGGCUUCGUCGUCGCGAACAACGACGACUUCGUCAACGUCGCCGCGGCACUCGGCCGUUCGUGCGACGUGCAGCACAACCAGUGCGCCAACGCCGCGAACUCAGGCGGGGCGUUCGCCGCCUCGGACUGCGACGCUCAGGACACGCAGUGCAAGGCCGCCGCGGCGUGAGGGCCGGUGAAAGGAGAGCGUGUGGACGUGUGAGCGCGACGGACCCGGGUGGAGUUAAGUUAUCCGCGGCCCACUGGAUCUUUGGGCCGCGCGCGGAAGGAGGCGGGGAGGUGCUCGCCUCCCCAUGCUUUGUGUCGUUUACCUUUUUGUUGUUGUUUUGUUGUCAUCAUGCCCCGGCCGCGAAUCAGAUCUGACUUGACUUGCA